AUGGAACAAAGUACAAUACCUGCUCGUCUGUUCUAUGGCGAAGCGUCCAAGGUCUGGACCCUUCUCCAGGUAGCCUACCGCAAAGAGCCCGAUGACACUAUUCUGAAAAGCGCCGCUCGUCGUGCCAUUUUCCGGAACAGCCUCAUGGGUGCGCUCCUCCAUAUUGAUAUUACUGCGAGAGCGUCCGCCUCAGGUAUUGUCGGUGCACUUGAGGAUUGGUUCAUCAAACACAUCGAACACAUUUUGAGAGCAAAGAAUAUUAACGGUCUCGAGACAAUCUUUUUAACCCUGCUCCAUGCCAUCACAGUUGACCGAAAGAAGGAAGAAUACGAUUCCUUAUUUCAGAAGGCAACAGAAGCAUGGGGUAGUUUUGGGACAGAUGUGCCCGUGAAGGGAGCGGGGCCCAUGGGGUUCUAUGACAUCAAAGCAAAAAAAUUAGUGUUCUUCUCCCCUAAAACAGCAAUGAAACUGAGAAAAGGGGAUCUUCCCCUCCGAGCCCCUGAUAUUGGAGUUGUUCUUAUGUAA